AAACUGGCAGUAGCACGUUGACAUUGUUCUUGAAUAGACGUUAGACUGAAUUUUAUACGAUACUUCAACUUUCAAGAACAUGAGCCAAUCUGGCGGACAGCACCAUGUCAUUGCCACGGAAUCUUGUGGCAAUGUUGACGUGUACGUUCAGGGGAACCUCGCAGCGAAGAAGACUGUUAUCCUCACAGUGCAUGACAUGGGGUCAAACCACCUAAGCUUCCACGCCUUCCUUUCGCAUCCAUCUAUGUCAGAGAUUUGCUCACGCUCGACAAUAGUACAUGUUGUGCUGCCUGGCCAGGUGGAUGGCGCUGAGGACCUACCUGAGACCUUCAAGUUUCCGACCAUGGAUCAGCUUGGUAACGAGCUGGUGUGUGUGCUCGACCAGCUACGAAUCACCUACGUUGUUGGAUUUGGUGAUGGAACAGGAGCCAACAUCCUUGCUCGAUUCGCUCUCGUGCAUCCAAAGCGCUGUCUCGGAAUAAUUCUAAUGCAUCCCACGUCCACCAAGGCAGGACUGAUGGAGUAUAUGAAAGACAAGCUGAUAGGAAGCACGCUAAAGUCAGGACAGUUGAAGCCCACAGCAGAAGAUUACUUGGUGUUCCACAAGUUUGGCGAGAAGUUGGUUGAGGUUGCGCAGGAAGAGAGGGACGUGAUGCUGGAGGAUUACACCGAUCAUCUGAAGACGAAGAUGAACCCGAAGAACUUGAACAGAUACGUGCAGUCGUUCGUCAGCCGCACCGACAUCUCUGCUCAGCUCUGCAACAUGAGCGUCGACGUUCUCAUAGUUGUGGGCUCAAAGGCAUCUCACCUACAUACAACGCAGACGUUCCAUUCCCAUCUGCCUCCGACUAAGAGCUCAUUAGUUAUAAUAGAUGGCGUUGGCGAUGUCCUCGUUGAAGCUGCAGAUAAGGUGGCACAUAGUUUGCUCCUGUUUCUGAAAGGUUGCGGAAUCUUACCCUCUGUGAGAUUGCCAGGCCAAGAGGUACGCAGUUCCUCUUUUAACAAAUCAAGAGGGAUGUCAAUGGAAGACUAUGACAAGCCUACUAAGCGUGUAUAAAUAAGGGGGUCAUCUGAUGGAAACAGACGAAAACCAAUCCAAAGAUAUGUCUAAAACGUCUGUGAUUGUAUAAUAGAUAGUGUAUUUCGCAUCCAUUUAUCCCAGACCAGUAUAUUACACGAUUGGUGCCUUGAUGUGUUUUGCAAAUAUUAGGUCUAUAUUUCGUGUUUGAAUAAAUAACUGUUUCUUCUCUCGCUAUGCUUUGGCUGAUUUGGGGCAGACAAGCAGGCUUAGACUGUGAUAUUCUGUGCAAUUGCACUGAUGGCCGUCUUUUUCUUGUUCCAUUGUUGCAUAGGUACUUAGGUCAGGGUCUGGUACAUUCGCAUUGUGGCUAUUGUUUAAAAUCGCUGGCUGCCUUUUAUUUGGAGUUAGUGGCAGGGCUCUUAUCUAUUUAGUUGCUAAUCGUGGGAAACUUGUAAUUAUUUAUUCAGCAUUUUUGUAAGUAAUUACUUCUCGAAAUUGUGAUCAUGGGUACCGUUUAAACUUUCUUCAUUGCCUUCACAAUUUGCGAGCUGCAUUUUAGAGACGUAUUUUUCAGUUGCAAUCGUGGUUAAUCUAUACAAUAGUUGAAGUUCAUUGAAGUAGGUUUUAUUUCAUUUAUAAAAAUCAAGUUAACAUGCACGCACGCACGCACGCCCGCACCUACGCAGCACGUAUGCAUACACGCAUGCUCACACACACGCACGCACGCACGCGCGCACACACACACACACAUAUAUAUAUAUAUGACAAAAUGUUCUUAAAUUGCUAAUGUAAUUGUGACUUGGACAGUUUGUUCAGAUUUUGCAAUGUAAACCUUUUUGAUGUUCCAUACCAAAACGUCGUCAUAUUGAUGUUAUCGUAUUCAUUAGGUCAUUGUCCCAUUUCGUUUACGUCACAAGGCAUUUAAAUAUGAAAUAUAAGAUAUGUUAAUUUUGUCUGAUAAUAUGUGGGAAGUCGUGCAUAUUUUCUGAUUGCUAGUAGUGAUUGACAUUCAUUCGUUAUAUUGCUGAUAAACACACUCGAUCGAGUUGAAUAAAACUUGAGUGAUGUUAAGUAAAUA